GAAAGCCACGAGGCUCAUAUAUUCGAAGGGACGGCUGAAUAAAACAUAGUCUACAGUAGCAGUGUAUUAACUUAUUAUAUUUGGACAAAUUAAGUGUUAUUUCUUGGAAAAUAUUAUCAAUUAAACUGUGUUUAAAGUCAAGUGUUUUGAACCAAUGAAGAAAACAACAUAAACAUACAUAAUUUAGUGAAGUGAAACUACACGAGGAUUCUUCAAGGUGACGAAUCGUCUCGUUUUGGCAUGGCGAAUGGGUGACAGACACGGGGCUACUGGUCCAUCCGGGAUUGAAGGUGUUUUUCCGCAACGGGGGAACCAUGUGAGCCUACGACCAUGAGGUGUGGUGGUCAGAGCGGUGUCUGGACAGCGAGCGUGAUCAUACUGUCAAUUGGAAGCUGGAUUGGCAAAGUUGGGCCUCGACCAGCUGAUGGCGAGAUUUCACACCUGACAUCGCCUAGGGAAAGAUUAGAGACCGUGCGACAGGUUCUUUCGGAGGUGCCUCUGAUCGACGGCCACAAUGACUUACCCUGGAACAUUCGAAACUUUGUCCACAAUCAGUUGGCCGACUUUGACUUUGAUAAGGAUCUACGACAGGUCGCGCCAUGGAGUAAAAGCGCCUGGAGUCAGACUGAUCUGGUUAGACUUCGUCAAGGCAUGGUCGGUGGUCAGUUUUGGGCUGCUUAUGUGCCAUGCGAAUCGCAGCAUCUCAACGCGGUCCAGCUGACUCUGGAGCAGGUGGACCUCAUUAAGAGGCUCAUAGAAAAAUACUCUCAACACAUGCAGUUCGCUGCAUCUUCAAGGGAAAUCUUGGAGGCCCACGGAAAAGGCAGGAUAGCUUCCCUAAUUGGAGUGGAGGGUGGACAUAGUCUAGGAAGUAGUUUAGCCGUUUUAAGGACGCUAUAUCAAUUGGGUGUUCGGUAUCUCACGCUCACGCACACCUGUAACACACCUUGGGCAAAGAGUUCGUCGGUGGAAGACGAGGAUGAAGAUGGGGGCGGUCUGACGGCAUUCGGAAGAGCAGUGGUCCAGGAAAUGAAUAGGCUGGGAAUGCUGAUAGACCUUAGUCACACAGCGAGGGCUACCAUGAGGGACGCUUUAAGGGCCAGCAGAGCACCCCUCAUUUUUUCUCAUUCCUCGGCCUUUGCCAUUUGUAACUCGUCGAGAAACGUUCCCGACGACAUUCUGAGGCAGCUGGCUGAUAACGGUGGAUUAGUAAUGGUGACAUUUUAUAAUUACUUUGUAAAGUGUGGCUCUCAAGCCAGCGUCUCGGAUGUCGCUGAGCACAUCUACUACAUUAGAAAUUUAAUUGGCGUGGACCACAUCGGUGUCGGUGGCGAUUUCGAUGGUAUAAACAAAACACCCAGAGGACUUGAGGAUGUUUCAAAGUAUCCAGAAUUAUUCGCUGAACUUCUUCGAAGUGGCAAGUGGAACGUGCUGGACUUAAAGAAAGUCGCUGGUCUAAAUUUAUUGAGGGUCCUGCGACAGGUGGAACGUGUGAGGGACGACAUGAGAACCGCAGGUGUGACACCAUCUGAAGAAUACCUCCAAGAUUCACCUGACACUAUUGGCAGUUGCGCUCUGGAUAUCAACUCUGUGCAAAGAGUUAUGGAAGUUUGAUUGUUCUGUCAAUCCGUUGUAUUUCUGUAAUGACGUGUAAAUUACUUCUGUACGACCUCCCUGCCGUCCUAUUCUCGAUAACGAAUAAGUCAGGAUCCCGUGGAAGUAAGGAUAAUCAUGAUAAAACAAGCAAUUCUGGAGGUGAGGGUUUCUCGUUGCUUGAUUCUUGUGCGACCUGCCCCCCGGCUACAAAGUCUGUCCCUUCUUAGAUGCUCAAUCAGAAUAACGUUAGAUAAAAAGAUGAAGGAAAACCUACCUCGAACGAAAAUAUCGCGAACACAGUACGUAUAGCUUCGAACAUCUAAUUUCUUUUGUUUCUUUAGUUUCAUCAUUUAUAGUACAGACACACCGACAAUUAUUUUUAACGCAUUUUUAUAAUUAUUCCAAUAACCCAGAAAGUGUCGAAACGAUUGGAUUUUAUAUAAGGAAUAUUGAAUUAUAAAUUUUAUUGAAAUUCUUGCUUUAUAUUAUAAAAAUAAUGAUAAUAUUCUUAUUAAUAAUUAUUUAAGUACAACAAAAUUACUUUUUAUCUCAGAAGGUAUAGUCACGUGAGUUUGAAAGAUUCUAUUAAAUAAAUUUUAUUUAGAAUUAAUUAAAAUAAACAAAAUAUCUACAAGAUUAUAAACCCCAAACUCUGCAAAUUUUUGUCUGAUUUUCUGUAAGAAGAAAUGAGUUUAAUAAUGAUUUAGUGCAUUGAAACAAAUGGAAAGAAAGAUGGUGACAAUAUAGUAAUCUUUUCUAAAUCGUGACACUGCUGUAUUUAGAAGAAUUAAAAACAGUAAUAUUGUGUGUAAA